CGACGGGAAGCCCCUUGGAGAGGUCGUAGUUGUCUUGGAACACUGAAAGUGGGCAUUUCUUGGUCUUGGUUCGGUCCAGGGCCACACCUCCUCCAUGUCCAGAGACGGAUGGGAGGAUGAAGUAGUUGAGGCCGGAGCGAACAGUGGCGCCAUCCACGUCGGUGACAGGGAUGGGAGACGACGACUGAGAUGGGUAGUCGUGUUGAGGUCAGGGCGGCCACUAGGAGGAGGAGGAGGAAGGAAGCUACUGUUGGCUUCAUUUUGUUAAGGUGAGUGGUGAUGAGGAAGUUUAAUUUGGGUG